ACGAGCUAUAUAUAUUAUGUUCUUUUUCAAUAUACAGUUCAAAAUGUUUGCUCCGAGUUUAUUACUUCUAUUAUUCAUCGGGUCACUCAAAGCUCACGAUAAAUUACGUUGUGAAUUCAACUACAAACAAUUUUGCGGUUGGAUAAAUGACCUUAGUGUGACCGGAAAAUGGCAUGAGCCAGUAUUCGGUUUCACAUCCUUCAAUCCAGGUUAUGGGGAAAUCAAGAGAGCUCGUUUGAUGUCUGCAUGGACCAAUCGUGAGUUAGAGACUGGCUGUUUCUCCAUGACAUAUACAACGCAUUCUGGAACUAUGAAUCGGAAAGAAUCUCCGGCAGAUUUAAUAGUCGAGUCGUCACUGGAAAGGGAAAAGGAAAAGGAUGUCGAUUUUUUUGAGGGAUUUCCAAUAUUACGAGUGUUUCAAAUCCCAUCAUAUCUGGACCAUGAAACAUUCAAUUGGGUUAGCGAAGACGCAAGGACGAAAUACAAGCUUUUUGAGAUCAAGGCAAAUUUGCAAUUUACCAAAUACGAGGCUGUGCUACCUCUGAAGAAAUUUGGGCAAGACUUUCGGAUCAUCAUAGAAUCAGAUUCCGAAGGUGACUAUGUGCAACUAGAUAAAGUUGAAAUACUUGAAAACCACUAUUGCGAGACAUCUAUAUUCCACGCUAGGACUCCAAAUUUUUUGAGCUCUGAAUAUAUCGCAGCGUAUUAUGUGCACUCUUCGCCUUCCACGUCGUUUAUUAGAACUACAACAACAACAACACAUCCGCCGCCAACAACGCCUCCGCCAACAACAACAACUGCCCCGCCGCCAACAACAACUACCCCGUUGCCAAUAACAACUGCCCCGGAGCCAACAACGAUGCAACUACCACUAGGGGUUAAUGAUUCUUUACGUUGUGACUUCAAUGGUGACUCACUCUGCGGUUGGAGCAGUGACCAAGCGGUGACAGGCAAGUGGUAUGAGUUCGCACAUAAUUUCCUAUACACUACAAUGUUUAAAGAAAAUGAGACAGCUCGUUUGCUGUCUGCAACGUACGAUCGUGAGUUAGAAGAGAAUGGCUGUUUCUCCUUGACAUAUACAACGAAUGUAAAUCAAUUUGACUAUCCAACACUCCGAGUAUAUCAGAAGCCAUCAUAUCUGCCACAUAACAUCUUCUAUGGGUUUAGCGAAGGUUACAAAAGAAACAAUUAUCUUCUUUUUGAGAUCAAAGCAGACCUGGAUAUUAAUUUCUAUGAUUCUCUGCAAACCCUAAAGAAAUUUGAGGAUAACUUUCAGAUCAUAAUAGAAGGAAUCUCCGCUGGUGCUGACGCGUACCUAGCCAUCGAUAAGGUCGCAAUACUCCAGGGCAGUGAGUGCUCUGUAGCGAUGACCAGCGCCAGGAUUCCGCAUUCAUCCGAUAAAGUCAGAAAGUAUUAUGUGCACUCUACUACUGCAGUUCCGACAUCUACAACUAGCACCUCAACAACAACACCAGCCCCACGGCCAAACACAACAGUCUCGUCACCAAAAGUAACGGUCCCACCACCCACAAUCACAGUCCCACCGCCCACAAUCACAGUCCCACCGCCCACAGUUCCACCACCAACAACAAUUACCUCUCCGCCAACAACAACGCAACAACCACUAGGAGUUAAUGACUCUUUAAGUUGUAGUUUCACCGAUAACUCACUCUGCGGUUGGAGCAAUGACCCACAGGCGAACGCCAUGUGGCACGAGCUCCCGCAUAACUUCAUGUUUACAAGAAUGCCUUUUGAAAACGCCACCGCUCGCUUGCUAUCUGCAACGUACGAUCGUGUGCUAGAGGAGUCGGGCUGUUUCACCUUUACAUAUGCAACGAAUGUAAAUCUAAAUAACUAUCCAACACUCCGAGUAUAUCAAAAGCCAGUAUAUCUUAAACAUGAAAUCUUUGUUCAGUUUAGCGAAGAAAUGAAAAAAUUUUAUCUCCUUUUUGAGAUCAAGGCAGACUUGAAUUUUAAUUUCUACGACUGUGUCCUACCACUGAUGAAGUUCAAGAAUAACUUUCAGAUUAUAAUAGAAGGAAUCUCCGCUGGUGGUGAUGUGUUCCUCGCUAUAGAAAAGGUUGCAAUACUUCAGGGGCGUGAGUGCACUACAGCUAUGAGUAUCGCCAGGAUUCCGGAUACAUUAGAAAAUGUCAGAAAGUACCAUGUAUACGCUACUACUGCAUCUCCUACAUCUUCAACUUCAACAACAACUGCCCCGACGCCAACAACAACCGUCUUGCCAUCAACAACAACGCAACCACCACUAGGAGUUAACGAUUCUUUAAGUUGUAGUUUCAACGAUAACUCACUCUGCGGCUGGAGCAAUGACCCACAGGCGACCGUCAGUUGGCGCGAGGUCUCCAAUAGUUUCAUAUAUACCAUAGUUAAUGAAAACGACACAGCUCGUUUGCUGUCUCCAACGUACGAUCGUGAGUUAGAAGAGACUGGCUGUUUGUCCUUGACAUAUACAACGAAUGCAAAUCAAUAUGACUAUCCAACACUCCGGGUGUAUCAAAAGCCAGCAUAUCUAGAACAUGAAAUCUUCGUUCAGUUUAGUCAAGACAUGAAAUAUAUUCAUCUUCUCUUCGAAAUCAAAGCAGAUCUGAAUUUUAAAUUUUUCGAGUCGGUGCUUCCUCUGAUGAAAUUUAAGCAUAACUUUCAGAUCAUCAUAGAAGGAAACUCGGCGAAUGAUGGUAACGGGUUUCUGGCUAUAGAUAACGUAGCAAUACUCCAAGGAAGUGAGUGCGUUGCAGCGAUGUCCACAGCCAGAAUUCCAGGUGCAUCUGAUGACGUCGUUUAUAGUGUAUACCACGUCCUGCCAUCUUCAACUAGCAAUUCAACAAAAUCAACUGCCCCCGCGCCAACAUCAACAGUCUCGCCGUCAACAACAGUGUCGCCGUCAACAACAGUCUCGCCGUCAACAACAGUCUCGCCGUCAACAACAGUCUCGCCAUCAACAGCAAUUCCUCCAUUCCAAUACACAACUGCCCAGCCGGAUACAACAACGAAAACUUCACGAGGAGUUAAUGAUUCCAAUUUUACGAAUUUUACUGCUGCUCCGACAUCUCCAGGCGCCACUUCAGCAACAACAACUGCCACAUCGCCAACAACAACUGUCUCGUCUUCAAAAUCAGCAAUCCUAUGGCCAACCACACCCGUACGAAAUAAUGCCAUGCCACCAUCAACAAUGCAUCGAUCAGUAAUAAUUGAUGGUGAUGAUGAUGAUGAUGGAAAUGUUAUGUGGAUCAAAUGGUGAAACUCACGUUUUGAAAGUUGCAAGAGAAGAAUUGGGGAUAGCCAUAAUCGAUAGAGUAUAAAUUCAGUUUAUUGUGUAUUAAUUAGUUUAUAAAUUCUUUGAGGUAAAAACAUCUUGCUCCUAUAUAUAGAUUUCCUGUGACUUAAAAUAUAGUGUUUAAAUUGAAAUAUAUUUUCAGAUGUAAUAAACAUGUAGUAAGUAAUAAAGUACAUUAUUUAAACGAUGAUUUUUAGCCGGCUGCUUACUGAGUCCAAGGCCGAAAGUUCAAUAUUCUUCAGCUAUAGUACCCAUAACACAAGCUUUGCUUACUUUGGGACUUAGAUGGCUAUGUGUUUAUUGUCAUAGUAUAUUUAUAAUUAUUUUACUUAUAAUAACCUUCCAUGCAUUACCUUAAGUGAUUAAGCCAGAAUUGUAUGGCUUGUAUGAUAAAUGGCUAAAUUUUUGAUAAUUAGCAGAAAGAUGGCUUCUGUUAGAUAUAAGUAUCCACAAAUUAUGAAUGAAGCCAUCUACUGAUUAUAAAUGAGGCGUUCUACUAGUUAUCAAUGAAGCCAUCCACUAAUUAUAAAUGAAGCCAUCUCAUACGUAAAAGUUAACCAAUCUACUAAUUAAAAUUUAAGCCAUAAAACAAUUUUGAACAACCUUUUUUUUUAUUUCUCUUUCGCCCUCCACAGAUUUAGCAUGCGUAUUUCUAUUGCAGGCAUGUAUUUAGGUCAUCCAGAAACUGUGAAAAAGUACUAAUU